CUAGUAGUGCUGACACCGAAGUCGCAAGACUUAUCUCUUUCACUAAAAGACGGUGCCAAACGUUUGCCUCGCAGCCAAUAUCUUUGAAGAACUGAGUAAGCUAGUAAACGGAAAUAAUUAGAAUUUCAUUUUCUGAUUUCUUUCUGUGAUAGUGCAUGGUAACGUUAUAACGGUAGCAGCGCCUGGCAAUCAUGCAGCCGGUGUGUUGGUCCCUUUUCGAGUAGCAGCCAACCUACUGUAGUGCAGUGGCGCUAGCUAGGGCCGAGGCACCGAGUCCACGGGCAUGCCUGGAUGGCAAGGUGGGAAUCCGGUCAACGACCUAUGGUCAGCACGCGGAGAAGCAGAUAGCUACAGUCCAUUCGGCGACACCGGCGCUGCCGACCGGUGGAAUAAUGGUGGAGGUGGUGAGCUCUACCUGGCGAACGCCACGGACGUGCCGGACAGCAGCAGCAACUCGUCUACCCACACGCCAUUCUGCGUUUACCUGGUCAUCCAUACCAUCGGUGGAACACAAGUGGGUAUCUGGGACCUAGUGCUUCUGAUCCCGAAUGCCCUGUUCCUGCUCUACCUGGUCUCAACCAUGUGCCACUCAGCGCGCCGACUCAAGCAGGUCUCCAGCCCCGUCUACAACACAUUCUACGUACUGAUCUUCCUGACGUGCGUCAUGGGUACGGUGAGGUGCGCUACCACCAUGUCCGUGAAGGGGUUCAACUCAGUUUCAGAUCGGGUGCUGUGGCUGACGCUUCGCUUCUUUCAACUCAGCACAGAGCUGAGUGUGCUGAUUCUAGGCCUACUCUUCGGGCAUUUGGACAGCCGUCGCAGCAUCCAGAGAGUGCUCAUCAUCACCAUCACGCUGUCGCUAGCCUACGUCUUUACCCAGGGUGUACUGCAGCAAAUGUCAAACGGCGAGGAUCUGCUGGAUCACAAUGUGUACGCACAUGGCGGCGUGCCGUUCUGGUUUGGAAGCUCACUACUAUUCCUGCUGGUGUACGUCAGUGUGGUGCUGCUGCGCUACAUCCCGUCGCUCAACUGCUGUGGCCUGAUCGUACCCGUGAAGGCUAAAUUCUACUACUACGCUCUGUUCAUGGCUAUUCUCAACUUGCUGCAGUCGGUCGGCAGUGGGCUGAUCCUGUUCACUGAUCCCGAUGCCAGUGAAGGAUUCUGCCUCAUCGACGUCACGACGUUCUUCCUCUUCAGCCUCUUCUCUCCGAUAAUCUACACGGUGUUUCUGUGGGGAUUCUUCAAGCCGAGUUUCACCAGUAGCAGUGAGCGCUCGCACCUGCUCGACAUCUCCUACAACAGCCCCGGCGAGUUCAAUCCACGCACGUCGAUCAUCAGCAAUGCUGGAGGCCACGGAUCAACGAACAACGGUGUGGCGCCGGUGAUGGGCGGACACGGCACCGGCAUAUACGGCUCGUCGGCGCCCAAGGACAUCGGAUCCUACCCGCUAUCCUACAACUCGCUGGCGAGCAGUCUGGAUGCGGUGGACGGUGACCUGAAAGACGAGAUGCUGGAUCCGGAGAAAACUAGGAGAGCCGAGCACGACGUGUAUCGCUCGCCCAGUACCGAGACCACGCGCAGCUACGGCUUCCGCACCCCGCUGGAGCGUAGCUUUGUGGACAAUUACGACAGUGAAGGCUCGCUGAACAGAUACAGUGACACGGACCUGAGUGACUUUGAAGACCUGAGCUAGCAUAGUGGCUGUGCUACGCUACCGAGGCCGGGCUGGGUCCUGGUGGGUUUUCGGCACAGCCACGUGCACGCAUGACGGGUUCCAACGAAGAGUUUAUUCAAAGUCAACAUCCUGAUUUGCACCUACUGGUACAUGUCCUCUCCCCCCCCCCCCCCUCUCUCUCUCUCUCUCUCUCUCUCUCUCUCUCUCUCUCUCUCUCUCCAUCGGCCGCUUCCCAGCAAUGUGAACUUUACCAAUACAUGUAUUCUCGUGGAACUGGAUACUUGAGUACAGUCAUUUUGUCAACAAAUUACGCCGCUGUUCUUAUUAAUCAAGUUUUUUAUCUCCUUGAAUGUUGACCUUACCUGCGACACAUGUGCAAAGAGA